AUGUGGGGACAGACGUUCGACGAUUUUGAGGAGGAGGAGCGCGAGCUUCAAGUAGCCAAGCAGAAUUUCAUGGAGCAGCCAAAUGCUAACAAUUUUACGUUCAUUGCUCCACCACUCGGAAUUCAGCCAAAAGAAUUCGUCAGUGCUCAUUUUGGUGCUACCGCGAAGACAAUGCAAUUCCGUAAGGGAACAACCACUCUUGCUUUCGUUUAUGAGCCGGCGACACCAAAUGAUGUCGGAGGAAUCAUUAUUGCUGUCGAUUCUCGAGCUUCCAGUGGAGAAUAUAUUUCGUCGAAGUCUGUUAUGAAGAUUCUCGAUAUUGGAGAUCGUAUGGUUGCUACGAUGGCCGGAGGAGCUGCUGAUUGCCAAUAUUGGACAAGAACUGUCGCCAGAUAUUGCAGCCUCCACGAGCUUCGUGAGAAAGAGCCGAUCACUGUAAGUGCGGCGAGCAAGUAUUUUGCCAAUGUGCUCUACAACUACAGAGGACGCGGUCUUUCUGUGGGAUCCAUGGUUGCUGGAUAUGAUAAGCGCGGACCGCAAAUCUUCAAGGUUGACAGUGAAGGAGAUCGCUGCAAACUCAGAGUGUGCUCGGUUGGUUCUGGAUCGUUGAACGCUUACGGUAUCCUCGACAAUCACUACAAGCCGAAGAUGACUGAUGAUGAGGCGAGAAAGUUGGGAAUCCGCGCUAUCAUGCACGCCACUUAUCGUGAUUCUGGAUCAGGAGGUGUAUGCAACGUUUGUCACAUCACGCCGACUGAAAAGAUCCGCUUACCACCAAUGGAUGUGAGCAAAUUGUGGUACGAGUUUGCGAAUGAGCUCGGAAGAGACAUCGCCUACAACCCGACCGAAUAA